AUGGGCUACAAAGCAAAGAACAAGCAGGCACCGCCAAAGCCCCUCCCGGGUACGACCGAGCCCGGAAAGAAGCGCAGGAGGGACAAGGGCAAGAAGCGCGCUUCGGCUCCCAAGGAUGAGCGGAGUAGUAUCAAGGCACAGGCGAGCGGAGGGCGGCACAAGCAGGUCUUGCCAGGGAGGCGGAAGAAGAAGGUGGAUGUGGUAGAUGAGGAAGAGGACAGUGACCUGGAGGAGGCAUUGCACCAGGGGGAAAUGUCACCGGAUGAGGACGAGGAGGAGACUGUCAAGGUCAAGUCCAUGAAAGGCAAGGGCAAAGCAAAGGCCGAUGACACCGACGACGUCUCUGAUCUGCGCAAAGCGCCCGCGAAGGAUCUGGACUUUGGCGAUUCCGACGAUGACGGACAUGACGAGGGCAAGGAGGUACUGCCCACCGGUCAGCACAUGUUCGACCUGGACGCGAUGCCGUCGGACGAGGACGGAGAGGACGACGAGUUUGAUCUCGGCGAGGGGGAGGACGACGAUGAUCUUCUCGGCGACGAAGACGACGACGAGAUGAUGGACUCGGACGCAGAGGAGGAGGACUCAGCGUUUGCCUCCUCAGGGGAUGAGGAUGAGAUGGAGGUGGACGAGGCGAAUGACCCUCGCACUGCUCAUCUCCGCCUGAACCCCGAGCCGGGAUCAGACGACGAGGACGGAGCAAUCACGACCAACCUGGAGGACGACCUUACCAAUGAGGGGUUCACGCUGCCCGCGGUGGACAACGGCGGUGAAGUGGAGGACUUUGAACACGGGACAAGUCUGCGCGAGAUCGAGACGAGGAUGAGGUGGUUGGUGGGAGUGUGUGCUGGAAAGGAUGAGAAGCUGUCGCAGGGUGUACCGGGAAAAUCUCGGUCAGAUCACCUUCUGCAAUUGCAACACGACAUUGCCACCUACUUCGGCUACAAUAUCUUCCUGGUCGGCAAGCUGAUGAAGCUGUUCCCAGUGGACGAGGCUAUCGCUUUCUUCGAGGCCAACGAGUCCCCCCGACCCGUCACCAUCCGCGCCAACACCCUCCGGACCCGUCGGAGAGAUCUGGCUCAGGCCUUGAUCAACCGCGGUGUCCAGCUCGAGCCUAUCGGCAAGUGGAGCAAGGUCGGGCUCCAGGUAUUUGAGAGUCCCGUACCAGUCGGUGCCACCCCCGAGUACCUCGCCGGGCAGUACAUGCUCCAAUCCGCCUCCUCCUUCCUCCCCGUCAUCGCCCUGGCUCCUCAGCCCAACGAGCGCAUCCUCGAUAUGGCCUCUGCCCCCGGUGGCAAGACCACCUACAUUUCCGCCCUCCUCCAAAACACCGGUCUCAUCUUCGCCAACGACUCGAACAAGCAACGUACCAAGAGUUUGACGGCCAAUGUCCAUCGCAUGGGAUGCAAGAAUGUCGUAGUGUGCAACUACGACGCGAGGGAGUUUCCGAGAGUUAUGGGUGGGUUUGAUAGGGUGUUGCUGGAUGCGCCGUGUAGUGGGACCGGAGUCAUCAGUAAGGAUGCUAGUGUCAAAGUCAACAAGACCGAGCGCGACUUCCAGCUCCUCUCGCAUCUCCAAAAACAGCUCAUCCUCUGCGCACUCGACUCGGUCUCCCCAAACUCUGCUACAGGCGGAUACGUCGUCUACUCGACCUGCUCCGUCACUGUCGACGAGGACGAAGCUGUUGUGGACUACGCCCUUCGGAAACGGCCGAAUGUACGGCUCGUACCCACCGGUCUCGAGUUUGGAGUGGAGGGGUUCAAGGCAUUUGAGGGAAAACAGUUCCAUGAGAGUCUGAAUUUGACCAGAAGGUUUUACCCGCACAAGCACAACAUGGACGGGUUCUUUGUCGCCAAGUUCAAGGUCGAAAAGCGGGUCAAGAAGCAGUCUGAUGAAGAUGCGGAGGAGACGGGUCCGCUCAGGAAGUUGAAUGAUGAAGGCGAGCUCGUCGAGGAGGAGCAGGAGAGGUCGGCAUUUGAUGCAGAGGCAGACGCGACCAUCAUACAGGAGGGCAAAAAGAAGCACCUCCUCAAGACCAAGGGGAUCAAGGUGGGCAAGGGGAAGGGUGUGGAGAAGGCGCGGGCGGAGAAGGUCGUCAAGCCAAGAGGACCGACGGGGGCUGGUAAGCCACAGCGGGUGAAGAAGGCGGAGUGA